UGGAACACAGCCUGAGUGAUUCUAGCUUCACAGAAUGACUCUUCACGGGUUGUUUUGAUGUAACUGAUCAAGGCUGCUUUUUCGGCCGCGGUUGAUAUUUCUGUACUAUUAUUUAUCUGAAGCGGAAAUCAUUACGGAUAAAGGGCAGGUUGACAGCAGAAUAAACCAUGGAGUCCAUGCUCAAUAAGUUAAAGAGCACCGUUACCAAGGUGACGGCUGACGUCACUAGCGCCGUGAUGGGAAACCCAGUGACGCGGGAAUUUGAAGUCGGACGCCAUAUCGCCAGCGGAGGACCGGGGAUGUGCUGGAGAAUCUACAACGGCACGAAGAAAUCCACCAAGCAGGAAGUAGCAGUCUUUGUAUUUGAUAAGAAGAUUAUUGACAGAUAUCAGAAGUUUGAGAAGGACCAGAUCAUCGAUUCGCUCAAGCGAGGAGUUCAGCAGCUCACACGUUUACGACACCCACGUCUUCUCACAGUUCAGCAUCCUUUAGAGGAGUCCAGGGACAGUCUGGCAUUCUGCACAGAGCCUGUGUUUGCUAGCUUGGCUAAUGUGCUGGGCCAGUGGGAUAAUCUGCCUAGUCCUGUUCCCACAGACAUCAAAGAUCACAAGCUCUUCGACGUGGAGACAAAGUAUGGUUUACUCCAGAUAUCCGAGGGCCUCUCGUUCCUGCACGGUGGCGUGAAGAUGGUGCACGGUAACCUGUGUCCAGAGAACAUCAUCCUGAAUAAGAGUGGCGCUUGGAAAAUCAUGGGCUUCGAUUUCAGCAUCUCUUCCAGCAACCCAUCAGAUGCUGAGCCCAAAUACGUAUGUAAAGAAUGGGACCCCAACCUGCCCCCUCUUUGUCUGCCUAAUCCGGAGUACGUGGCCCCGGAGUACAUCCUGUCUGUCAGCUGUGACUCUGCCUCCGACAUGUACUCACUGGGCGUGGUCAUACAUGCAGUCUUCAAUGAGGGGAAGCCAGUGUUCCAAGUCAAUAAACAGGAUAUUUUCAAGAGCUUUAGCCGGCAACUAGACCAGUUGAGUCGUCUGAGUCCCGGAGUGUUGAGUAAGAUCCCAGAGGAAGUGCGAGAGCACGUGAAGAUGCUGCUGAGCGUCACAACCAACGUGAGACCCGACGCGGACCAGAUGACGAAGAUCCCGUUCUUUGAUGAUGUGGGCGCAGUCACGCUGCAGUAUUUCGACUCAUUGUUCCAGAGAGACAAUUUACAGAAGUCACAGUUCUAUAAAGGCCUUCCCAAAAUCCUUCCCAAGCUGCCCAAGAGAGUGAUAGUGUACCGGAUUCUUCCAGCCCUCACCUCUGAGUUUGUGAAUCCAGACAUGGUACCAUUUGUGUUGCCCAAUGUGCUGCUCAUCGCUGAAGAGUGCACCAAAGAAGAGUAUGUGCGUCUGAUCCUACCAGACCUCACCCCAGUGUUCAAACAGCAAGAACCCAUUCAGGCCAGCAACAUGAUUCUGCUAAUAUUCUUACAAAAGAUGGACCUGCUUCUGACCAAGACGCCGCCUGAGGACAUCAAAAACAGCGUGCUCCCUAUGGUGUACAGAGCACUAGAAGCUCCCUCUAUUCAAAUCCAGGAAUUGUGCCUGAAUAUUAUCCCCACCUUUGCCAACCUGAUUGACUAUCCGUCCAUGAAGAACGCGCUUAUCCCUCGGAUCAGAACGGCUUGUUUACAGACGUCCUCUCUGGCUGUGAGGGUGAACUCAUUGGUGUGUCUUGGGAAGAUUCUGGAAUAUCUAGAUAAGUGGUUUGUUAUCGACGAGAUCCUCCCGUUCUUACAGCAGAUACCUUCCCGUGAGCCUGCUGUCCUCAUGGGCAUUCUGGGCAUCUAUAAGUGCACAUUUACUCAUAAGAAGCUAGGCAUCCCAAAAGAGCACCUUGCAGGAAAAAGUCUGCCACAUCUGGUCUCCCUUAGUAUCGACAACAACCUUAAUCUCAACCAGUUUAACUCCUUCAUGGCCGUGAUCAGAGAGAUGCUGAGUCGGAUGGAGGCAGAGCACAAGACCAAGCUGGAGCAGAUCCACAGCAUGCAGGAGCAGCAAAGGAGCCUUAACCUCAACCAGCUAAAUCCAUCAGAAGAGACAAAGAGCAACCCCAGUCCACCCAGUCAAGUUCGAGACAUCGAUGACAUCUUUGGUGGAAGCUCAGGGAGCACAGGAGUGAACGGCAAAGAGAACGGCUCCUCCGCCGCUCCCUCCCAGCCCUCGAGAGUGUCUCUGACGCUGGAGGAGAAGCAGCGCUUGGCUAAGGAACAAGAGCAAGCAGCUAAACUGAGGAACCAGCAGCCUCUGGCCCCACAGAGCAUCAAACCUGCUACAACAGCCACAAAUGCACAGGCAAAAGACCUGACCAGCAGUCUCCUGAACAACAUGAACUCACUGAACAGUCUCUCGAUGAGCUCUGGCUCUCGCACGACACCGAUGCAGACGGGCGCGCUCUCAUCUGGCUUCUCCUCCACACCCACUAUGGCUGGCAUGGGCACCAUGGCUCCCAUCAGCAAUGGGUUCAACUCUCCCAUGGGCUUUCAAACAGGAGGCAUGGGCAUGCAGCCUACUGCACCCGGUGUCUACGGAGGCAUGGCCAGCACCAACAGUACGCCGAACUUCAGUGCCCUUUCACAGAACCAGAAUCAGAAUCAGUCCAGCAAACCGCCCGACAUGUCCGCCCUGGACUCUCUGUUCUCAGCUAACAAGCCCAAAGUCAGCCUCAACCAAAUGGCCCCCAAACCAGCUACCGGUAAUGCACCCUCUCCCUGGAUCAACCAGUUUGGUGCAGGCCAGCCCUCUCAGACUGCACCCAUGCAGGCAGUACCGAUGGGAAUGACCGGAGUGCAGGGAGGGUUCGGGAUGCAGGCUAACCCUUUCUUCAGCCCUCAGAACUUCUCUCAACCUGCUGCUGCUCCCACCAUGAAUACAGGCAUGCUGAAACAGAGCAUGUCGGUCAAUAAUGAUCUGAAAGACCUCUUUGGUUAAAAGGCUUCUUUGUUUUCAUCGCCUAGACACAGGAAGGUUAAAGGAAAUUAAUCGAGACAGACCAUUUUUUUUUCUUUUCUUUUUCUUGUGCUGGACCUUACAGUCAAUCAGAGGAUGACCACCAGCCUUAACCAAGCAGGGUCACAUGUCACACUAGUCUUACAAGUUGCACUUGUUUUACUGUUCUCCCUGUCUGAAUACUGCCUGCUAGGUAUAAUGUGUUCAUUUGGUUUGUUGUCUAAUCACACACACACACACACACACACACACACACAUGAAAUCAGACAUUUACCCAAAUAUGGAGAACGGCAUGAGUACAGCAACAGUAGUGCUUCACCUUGUGAAGACGACAAUUUACUUGAAUGGAAAAUGUUGCAGCAUUUUUUUUUUUUUGGAAGAGCGAGCGGAUUUGAAAACAAGCGUGUUAGGGUCUUGGUCAUUUGUAGCCAGGUGAGAGCCAGAAUAUUAACUUGUUGCCUUCUUUAUAGGGAAGUUUAUGGUCAUACAUUCCUUCAAUUUUGCACCAUUUUUCUCCCGUUCCAUGUGAACUCUCACUGAGCUGUUUUAUUCUAUUAGAGUCUAACAGGCUGAAUUCAACAGUGUUUUCUGCCCAGAUAUUUAUGUGAAAUUGAAUUGACUCAAUUGACAAUCCUUUUGUUUUCAAUUAGAUAGAGAACAGUUCGAUUACUUUCAGUGCUCUAAACAGCAAUUUGAUUAAGACCUGUUCUAAACAGCUAUUUGAUUAUGGAACAAAAUGGCCUCCCUGGCAGUCCCUCCAUAAUCCUGUUACUGAUAGGCGUCACUUAAUAAAUCUCAGAUUCUUUAAACAUUUGAAAUCAAAUUUCUGCUUCUGUGUUAUUUUUCUUUUUAAUACAGAUGCUAUUGCAUCGACGUGGAUACUAAUCCAUGCAUCAAUGGAAUUCCCUUAAUCUAUCCAGUGACCCCCCCUCCCCCCCGCAUUUCCCGGUUGCAGACGCUGCUGUAAGGUGAAUCAGUGCUUCAAUCGUUGCUUGACGUCACAUGCGUUCACGGCACGUGUCUAUAUACACUCACUGUCCACUCUAUUAGGAACAUUCAUGUUGUAGUCUAAUCAGCCAGUUGUGUAACAGCAGUCCAAAAAAAACCCCCAAAAAUGCAGCUACAGCUCAAGAGCUUCACAUUAAACACUGUGACAUGGAUGGUUUUUUUUUCUGUGACAACUCAACCUUUUCUGAAUUACCCAAUCCACAGUCACAGAAAUCACACUUUGUCCCCAUUCUGAUGUUUGAUGUACAUUAACCGAAGCUCUCGACCCGUUCCUGCUUGAGUUUAUGCAUUGCAAUGCUGCCACAUGAUUGGCUGGUUUGAUAUCUGCAUCAAUGUGCAGGUGUAAAAGUUUAGGUUAGCAUCAGCGCAAUAUUAAUAUUCUAUUCAGUGUAGCGUCACAUCUCACCACUCUUUUAUUGCAAGUGUUGAGGGAGUAAAUUAAUCCCAAAGCUGGUCUGCGCUAGUCGUGUAAGGCUAGCCCAGCUGUUCAGAUCUGAAUCAUGUAGUAUUGCAUCAACUGACCAUAUUUACACGGUGGUGCAGAUGAACUGCAUUGUGAUCAAACGUGGUCCUUAUUAAGGCUGAUGUGAAGUGUGAGGAUUUGAAUAUGAAUGAGAGAGAAUGUUUUGUAUUUUUUCCACGUAUGCUGGAGUUAUUAUGAGCUAUUAGUGUGCUACGGUGUGAGUUUAAGCGUAGUAGAGCAAAUUGUUGUUGACUGUAACAGAAGCAGGCCUGCGUAGUUCUUCGAUCAGGAAAGAUUUCUCUAGGGGUAUAAAUUGGAAUCUGACCCAUUU